AAGUACUAAACACUUGAUGCAUCAAUUAACGGGCUGCAGAAUUGUUGCUAAAAAUUACAAAAAAAUCUAGCUCACUUUAAUAUUACUAGAAAAAAUCUAAAGAAAAUGCAAAACUGAAAUGACAACCCUACGCAAAUGUACCAACCAGAGCGCGCUCUCCCUGCCGACCGCGAAUGUGAACUUUUACGACAUAUCGGAAGCUCCUGUAAUUACCGACAAUGGUCAAAUGAUCAACAGAAACAUCACCACCAGCGUGUUGGAGUUCCUCGACGGCGGUGAUAUCCCGCUGUACGGGCACAUGAUGAUUGACGCUUGCCAUGAUUUGGCAAUGUUAGGCGACGCCUCCAGCCAGGCCACCUCCGCCAUCCAGAUCAUCUCCAUUGUCGGGGCAAUGGCUCGCGGUGUACCUGGUGAUUCCUGCGAGGCUGCUGCUCUCAUCAACACCGCUGCAAGUGGUCGCGUCGGCCUGCGAGCUGCGUUGGCCAGCUACAUCCAACGAUACCUUAAUCGCUCGAUCGACGACAUCGUCGGACUAGUCAUGACCCCCAACGCCGUCCGUUAUUCGGCUGGAGCCCGUGGCAACUGCCUCGGCGGUGGCAGAAACUAUCAAUUCGAAGAGGCCUGGGACCGCAUUCUUAACCAAUGCAACGUAUAUCAAUUUCCCCUCUUCAACGAGCAGUACUGCGCAGCAAAGCGUCUCUACACCGCGUUCAACGUGAGAAGCAACAACAUGGCCGCCGCGGUCACCGCCGCCACCCUUCCUGAAGUACAGCAAGCCGCACAGUACGCCUUUGGCCCACUUUCAGACUUCCUGAGGAUCGUCGCCGGUGGUGGAAACCCAGUUCCCGCAGCGCAAGCCGUCAAGUCUGCUCUCAUGCGAUCCCUUCCCGAAAUCGAUUGCUAGAGGAGCAUCAAAUAGGGACCAGCCAUAUGUAUAGUAUCAUAUGUAUUGAAUAUUGAUAUUAAGCAAACAAAACAGAUGUGAACGGGAUGUUCAAAAAGUAAAAACUGUAGGUGAAACCUAACAUCAAUCAUCAUUGUAAUCCGAUAAACGACCACUGCUGAGUAUUCUCUUGUAGGGUCUUCUAAAUGCCACGGUCUUGUGCCGCCUGAAUCCAGCGGCUCUUUU